CUCUUCAAGCAUCCAUCAACUUGACCCACACAGAAGAAGAAAAAAAAGAGAAGAAGAAAGACUUUUUUUCUUGGGCAUAUCCCAAGUUUUCUUUUUUCUUCCUCUUAACCUUUUUUUGUGGGUACGUACGUACUUUUAUUUUUUUUGUUCUUGUUGUUAAAUCUACUUUUAAAAUUUUAUUUUUAAAAAAUGGGAAACUGUAUGAUGGGAGGAAACAAGAUUGAGAAAAUGGUUAAAGAAGAGGAAGAAGUAAUGAAGAAAGAUUACAAGAGAAAGGAUCGUAAAGUGAAGAUUGUUUUGAGAAGAGAUGAGUUGGAGAAACUCAUUCUCUUCCAGUUAAACGCUGGCGGCAACGUCGAAGGCAAAGGAGAAACAACUUUGGCUUCUUUUGGAGAUUUUCUCAGGGAGUUAGAGGCGGAGAGAUUUGCCGGAGAAGCGGCUGCUAAGGCGGCUGAGGAAGAGGAGGAGUCUCGCCGGAGAAGUAGAAAGUGGAGGCCGUCGUUGGAAAGAAUCACUGAAUGGCCUGAAGAAACACUUUCGUAAUCACUUUCUUUAAUCUUUUUUUUUUUCUUCAUUUUAGAGAUUUUUUUAAGGCUUUUUCUUUUAUUUUCUUAUUUGAAUAGGAUUUUCUGUAGGGGAGUUUGCUCUUUUGCUGAUUGUUUUUCCCUUUUUUUACCGAGGGAUGUUUUUUUUCACCUGAGAAUUGUGUUUGACUCAGAGUGUUUGAAAUCGGCAAAGGCUUAUUUACCCUAGAGAAAAUCCAAAGAAAAAAAAAACGAAAUUAUGUAUUUUUAUUUUCGUAUGUCAUGUAAGGUUUUCUGUUUGUCAACAUAAAUAAAGUAGUAGUUGUAGUAUAAAUUUGUUUUG